AUGGUGGAUUUGGCUGCAUUGAUGGGCAAAAAAAGCUUUUUGUUUUUUAAGAAGUCGGAGCAAGCGGAUAGUUCGACAACUCGCAAAACAGGCUUACAACAUUUGAGUGCCGAUCUCAGUGCACGCAUGACUCUGAUUGCCAUGGAGCAAGCGCAAAAGAAAGAGGAUGCUGCAUCCGGAAGCGGUGACCAAAAAACACAGGCGGCAAACACAAGCGGUGUUGAACCACCGGGUAUGCAGGGUUUCGCGACACAGCCCUCAUCGGCCAGUACAUUUGGCAUUCCGACAACACCAAAGACAACCCCCUUCAUGACACCAACUCCACUUUCGCCAUCGCAUCUGUCGCCAAUCAAUUCCGAAUCAAAUUUGGCCGAAUUUAUGGCACAGGAUGAACCACAGGGAACGAAAACCAAGAAAGCUGAAGCAUCAUCGCAAACCCCAUCGUCAGUACCAGUAAUCUCGCCGGAUCUCUUCAAAUUGCCGUCACAGAAAAUCCUUCUCAUGGACCGAAUUACUGGAACGAAAACCAAGAAAGCUGAAGCAUCAUCGCAAACCCCAUCGUCAGUGCCAGUAAUCUCGCCGGAUCUUUUCAAAUUGCCGUCGCAAAAAAUCCUUCUCAUGGACCGAAUUACUGUUGGAUCAAGGAAAUUUGUAAUAUUGGAUUUUGGAGUGCCUGUGCUUUUGACUGACUUCUUCAUCCCCUCAGUGGCUGAGAUAGCAGCAGUUUCGAUUGAUGUUUGGUAUUUGGGCGAAAGCAUUGAUGGUCAGCGAUUGUUGACUUCGACGGAGAUCAGCCGUAAAAGUAUCGCUGUACAGGAUUUCCAGCCUACAAUGCGAAUCAGAUUUUUAAAAGUAUGA